AUGUCGCAGUUGUCUUUCAAAGGCCAGACCGUAGUUGUCACCGGCGCGGGAGGAGGUUUGGGCAAAGCGUAUUCGCUCUUAUUCGCAGCGCGGGGAGCGAAUGUAGUCGUGAACGACGUCAGCCAGGCAGCUGCGCAGAAGGUCGUUGAAGAGAUUGUGAACGCGGGAGGGAAGGCCGUCACGAACACGUCUUCGGUCGCAGACGGCGCUGCCGUGAUCAAAGCAGCGGUCGACGCGUUUGGAACGGUGACCAUUCUCAUCAACAACGCGGGUAUCCUCAGGGACAAGGGCUUCAAGAACAUGUCAGAUCAGGAGUGGGACCAGGUCAACCUUGUGCACCUGAAGGGAUCUUUCUCCUGCACGAAGGCUGCUUGGCCUAUCUUCUGCAAGCAAGGUUUCGGUCGCAUUGUAAACACCGCGAGUGCUGCAGGUCUCUAUGGCAACUUUGGCCAGGCGAACUACAGUGCUGCUAAGAUGGGCCUCGUUGGCUUCACGAAGGCACUUGCAUUGGAAGGUGCCAAGUAUGGCAUCAAGGCUACUGUGAUUGCCCCCAUGGCUGCGUCUGCUAUGACGGAGACUGUCAUGCCGCCUGAAAUGCUCGCUAAUCUAAAGCCCGCAUUUGUCGCUCCAUUCGUCGCUGCUGUGACUCAUCCUGACGGCCCGGACGCUUCAGGUAAGGUCUUCGAAGUCGGUGCCGGAUACGUCGCGGAGAUUCGUUGGGAGCGUAGCAAGGGAACUGUCUUCAAGGCAGAUUCGUCCUUCACACCUUCUGCCGUCCAGGAGAAGUGGACAGAGAUACAAGACUUCGACGAGCAUGGGCACCCUCAGGGCCUCCCAGAUGUUGACGCGCGGGAGAAACUUUCUCUAGCUGAGAAGCUCUCUACGAACGCACAAUCAUCUUCCGAAGUACGGUUCGAUGACAAGACUGUCAUCGUGACCGGCGCAGGAGCAGGCCUUGGCCGUGCAUAUGCUCUCAUGUAUGCACGCCUCGGCGCGAACGUCGUGGUGAACGACAUUAACGAGAAGGUUGCGAACAGUGUCGUGAACGAGAUCAAGAAGGCGGGCGGCAAGGCGGUUGCGGCGGUCGCGUCUGUCGAAGAUGGCGAAGGAAUAGUCAAAGUUGCGCUCAAUGCAUUCGGCGGCGUCCAUGUGCUUGUCGCCAAUGCUGGACUAGUUCGCCCGAACAACUUUGGGAACAUGACUGACAAGGAGUGGGAUGAUGUCUUUGCGGUGCAUAUGCGGGGCACCUAUAAGUGCGCCAAAGCACUUUGGCCUAUCUUCCAGAAGCAGAAAUAUGGUCGGAUCGUGACGACAAGUUCGCAAGCUGGGCUCUAUGGUAUGGCCGGCUUGGUAAAUUACUCCGCCGCGAAGGCGGCGAUUUUGGGCUUCACUCGUACUCUUGCCAUCGAGGGCGCCAAGUAUAAUAUUUUGGCGAAUAUCGUUAUCCCAUCUGCAGGGCCGACAUUGGGUCUGGGGCGCGCUUACACCAACAUUGAAGCGCUGAAGGAAGAGUAUGUCGCCCCAGUAGUAGGAUAUCUAUCCAGCGAAGCGAAUGAGACCACUGGCGGUCUCUUUCAGAUCGCCGCUGGGUGGGUAGCACAGAUCCGCUGGCAGCGUGCAGGUGGACACGGCUUCUCUACGAACCAGCCCCUCACGCCAGAGACAAUCAUCUCGAAGUGGGGCAUGCUCACCGACUUUACGGAUGGUCGUGCGACCAAUCCCGCGUCUACUCAAGAAGCGAUGGAGCAGCUUGUCGAGAACUUCGGUAACACAAGUGACGAUAGUACAUACACAGAUCCGGAAGACUCUGAGCUUGUUGCGACCGCCAAGAGGAAUGUACCAGACCCAGAGGACUACAGCUACACGGAGCGUGACGUCAUUCUGUACAACAUCGGCAUUGGUGCGACAGAGAGGGAGCUGCAGUGGACGUUCGAGGGGGACGACGCGUUCUCUGCUAUCUCGACGUUCGGUGUCAUUCCCCAGUUUCCAGCGAGCAUGGGUAUGUCUCUUGACUGGUUGCCAAAUUACAAUCCAGCCAAGCUGCUCCAUGGUGAACAAUAUUUGGCCAUCAAAGCACCCAUACCCACGAGCGGAAACUUUGUCAAUGAGGCGCGAUUACUGGAGGUGCUUGACAAGGGCAAAGCCGCAGCUGUGACAACGAUUGUGGAGACGAAAGACAAGGCAACCGGCAAGGUCAUCUUCGAGAACCAGUCGACGGUAUUUAUCCGUGGUGCUGGUGGCUUUGGGGGGAAACGGGUUGGCGACGACCGUGGUGCUGCUUCCGCAGCCAACACACCGCCUCAGCGCAAGCCUGAUGCUACCCUCGAAGAGAAGACAUUACCUGUGCAAGCCGCACUGUACCGGUUGAGCGGCGACUAUAACCCGCUGCAUAUCUUGCCGGAAUUUGCUGCGGUCGGCGGGUUCGACAGGCCCAUCCUACAUGGCUUGUGUUUCUUUGGUAUCGCUGGGAAGCAUGUGUUGAAAGCAUUUGGUGACUUCAAGGACAUUAAAGUGCGAUUUGCCGGUGUUGUCUACCCAGGUGAGACACUAGUGACGGAGAUGUGGAAGGAAGGAGCAAAGAUCAUUUUCACUAUGAAGGUAAAGGAACGUGGUACCACUGUACUUGCAGCUGCCGCUGCAACGCUGUCAAAUCCUAGCUCACCGUUGAAAGCGAAGUUGUAA